UAAACUGUGAACUAAACCUGCUUUUAUUACAAAACUAUAAGCCGAGGUUUCUGGGAAUUGUAGUCGUGUAUCUGAUGGUGGCCGAGGCACUUCCGCUGCAGCAGGGCGGGGCUGUGGCUGUCGCUCUUUUUGGUGAUUAUGGGAAUUGUAGUCCUGGAGCUCCCCUGGCACCCAGGUACUUCCGCUGCAGGACGGCGGGGCUGAGGCUGUCGCUUUCGCGGAAAUUCUGUGAAUUUCAAUCCUGGAGCUGCUGGAGAGCGAGGUCGCUGCUAUCAGUCUUGGUCCCGAGUUCUGCCUGCCCAGGCCUUUUACCUCCUCCAGUGGAGCAAAAGAAAAUGACCAGGUUUCAGGAAGCAGUGACGUUCAAAGAUAUAGCUGUGGUCUUCACCAUGGAAGAACUGGGUUUGCUGGAUGCCGCCCAGAGGAAAUUGUACCAAGAUGUGAUGGUGGAGAACUUCAGGAACCUGCUCUCUGUGGGAUAUCAAUUCUUCCAACCAGAUAUAAUAUUACAUUUGGAGAAAGAAGAGAAACUCUUGACAAUGGAGUCAGAAAUUGAAGGUGAGCAUUCAGGGCACAGGAAUCAAAAUGAGAUAGAGUCGCUUCAAGAAGUAGCAUUAAGAUCCCUUUUACAAGAAGAUCUUACAUGCUGGCAGGUGUGGGAACAAUUUACAAGUAAAUUAGCCAGAAAGCAAGAUGCAAUAUUAAAUCUUCAAGGCAAGAUGUCUGAGAUGCUAAAGCAAGGUGAUUCCCCCUGUCAGAUGUGGGCAGAAGUAUCUAAUCAGAUUUCUGAAGAUAAGAACUGUGUAAUGAAGCUUGAAGGGGAGAGUUUCAGUAGGAAUCAAAAUAAAGAGUUUCCAGAUAGGACCACCUGGGAUUUUUGGAGGAAUAGGUAUCUGAGAGAAUCACAAAAUUACCAAAUGGAUGUAAGAAAUAAAUGGUGUAAACUCUAUCAGUGUAUUAUGAGAAGGAACUCUCAUCACAAUCAUGAUCACAGAUUACACAGAAGAGAGAAAGCAUUUAGCCACAAUAAUUGUGCAGAAGACUUGAAAUCAUCCCAGCAUAGUGUAAUCGACUCGGGAGCGCAAUCCUUUGAUGAAAAUAGAAAAGGCAUCAGCAUUAGCUCUAAUCUUGAAGUUCAUCAGCAGUUGCACUUAGGAGAGAAGUCUCAUAGAUGUAUCGAGUGUGGAAAGGGCAUCAAUUAUAGCCCAGUGCUUCCCAUUCAUCAGAGUGUUCAUACACAAGAGAAACACUAUAGAAAAGAUGGGUGUGUUGAGGGCUUCAGUCAGAGUUCACAUCUUCAAACUAAUGAGAAAGUCAACGCAGGAGAGAAACCCUACAGAUGUCAGGUAUGUGCUAAGAGCUUCAAUCAGAACUCUUCCUGUCCUGCAUAUGAACUUAUUUAUACAGGAGAAAAGCCAUGUAAGUGUGACAGGUAUGGGAAGCACUUCAGUCAUAGUUUAGAUCUUAACAUUCAUUGUGUGGACAACACUGUAGAGAAAUCCUGUAAAUGUGAUGUGUAUAAUAAAGGUUUCAGUCAGACAUCACAACAUACCCAUCAGAGAAUCCAUGAUGGAGACAAAACAUACAAACAGGAAGCAUGUAAUAGGGUAUUUAAUCAGAAUUCUGAUCUUCAUCAGUGUGUCCAUACUGGAGUGAAACCAUAUCAUUGUGAGGUGUGUGGUAAGACCUUCACAAGGCCCUCACAUCUUCAAGCCCAUCAGAGAAUACACACUGGAGAGAAACCAUACAAAUGUGAUGUGUGUGAUAAGAACUUUAGCCGUGACUGCAAUCUUCAAGCUCAUCAGAGAGUCCACACAGGAGAGAAACCAUACAAAUGUGUGACAUGUGGUAAGGACUUUAAUUGGAUUUCAAAUCUUCAUGUUCAUCAGAGAGUUCACACAGGAGAGAAGCCAUACAAAUGUGAGACAUGUGGUAAGUACUUCAGCUGGAGUUCACAUCUUCAAGCCCAUCAAAGAGUCCACACAGUAGAGAAACCAUAUAAAUGUAAGACAUGUGGUAAGGACUUCAGUCAGAUUUCAACUCUUCAUGCUCAUCAGAGAGUUCACACAGGAGAGAAGCCAUACAAAUGUGAGACAUGUGGUAAGGCCUUCAGCUGGAGUUCAUAUCUUCAUUCCCAUCAGAGAGUCCACACAGGAGAGAAACAAUACAAAUGUUUGACCUGUGGUAAGGAUUUUAACUGGAUUUCAAAUCUUCAUGUUCAUCAGAGAGUUCACACAGGAGAGAAGCCAUACAAAUGUGAGACAUGUGGUAAGUACUUCAGUCAGAUUACAGGUCUUAAUGCACAUCAAAGUGUUCACACAGGAGAGAGGCCAUACAAAUGUGAGACAUGUGGCAAGGCCUACAGCUGGAGUUCACGUCUUAAAGCCCAUCAGAGAGUCCAUACAGGAGAGAAACCCUACAAAUGUGGAGAGUGUGGGAAAGGCUUCAUUUUGAAGUCUUAUCUUAAUAUUCAUCAAAGGGUCCACACCAGAGAGAAACCCUAUAAAUGUGGCAUAUGUGAUAAGGGCUUCAUUCAGGCCUCUCAUCUACAAGCCCACCUGAGAAUUCAUACUGGAGAGGAACCAUAAAAUUGUUUUCUAUGUGGUAAGGUGCUUUAGUCAGAGUUCAUAUGUUCACAUUCCUCAGAUAGCCCAUAAAGUUGAAAAAAAUACAUGUAGAUUCUGGGAAUGUGGAGGAAUAGGAGAGGCAGAGCAGAGGUCUACCCCAUGGAGUAACUAGAGAAAAAGCAGAAAAUGCCCGGUACAGUGGUUUCAGUGUACAAGUGGCCAGAGAAGGGCCUCUUCAGUAUAUAGUGGGGAUUUGGAUGAAAAAGCAGAGAAAUUAUUUCUGAAAGGACAGGGUGAGUUUAUUAAACUGGGACUGCUGGGGCUGACAGCUGCAAACUGUCCCCGAGCAGGGGAGGAAGGAGCUCUCCACUCCCUCACAACCACCUCAGCAAUUAACUGAGGAGAUAAUACUUCUCAGCCCCGUGGCCAGGAGCUCCCAUGAGGGAACUUGGGAAACAGUGGACCUGCGUUGACUGUACACCCAAUACUCAGUGGAUUUACAUUUCCUCCAUGGAGGCCCUUGGUUUCCAAGGGCAUACAAUGUGAGGACCGGGGGCCCCUCCCCCACCCCAUGCAUGACAUGGGCUAGUUCUGGGAUGUGGAGGGUGAGACAUGCAACCUCACUGACUGAGAUUGAUAUGCUUAGAGGCCCAUGAAUCACCAAGCUCUCUGUGCCCUUAAGAGGACUCUGUGGUAAACUGCACAGGACCCACCGCUUACCCCCACAGCUGUCAGUCCCCAGUGAACACAAGAAGUGGUGCACUCAUUGAAUUUCCACUUGGUUUGGACCAUGUCCCAUGUGCACCCAUAGCCAGGGAAAAGGUGACUUGAAGUUAAGAGGUGGCUCAAGAUCACCAUCUUUUGGGAGGAUAGGGAAAGUGCACUCCAAUAGGCUAGAUUUCUGCCAAAUUCUGUAUAAAUGUCCAUAUGAUUCUGCAUUUCCAAAACCUAAUCAAGAUGAUAAAACGCCCUAAAGUGAAUAGAAAGUCACAAAAUACAGCAAGUCCAAAGAAGAUAUAGAUGAACAAAAUGAACAGAUUAAAAAGCCAGGGGAGACACAGAACUUGGAGCAGUUACUUAAAGAAGUACAUACAAAUGUUCAAAACAACCUGAGUAGGUUGGCUAAAGACAUAAAGGACAUCAAGAAGACUCUAGAAGAGCAUAAAUAAGAAUUUUAAAGAGUAGAUAGAAGAACAUCUCAUGGAAAUAAAUAUACUGUGCAUCAAAUUAAAAAUAUACUAGAAACACAAUAGCAGACUUGAAGCUGCAGAAGAAAGAAUAAGAGGACAGGGCAAUUGAUUGUGAUAAAAAGCUGUGGAGAAAAAGAAAAUUUUGAAAUAGAUCUCAGAGAAAUGAUGGACAACAUGAAGCAUCAAAAUAUAAAAAUCAUUGGUGUUACAGAAAGACAAAAGAGUAAAGGGCUAGGAAGGGUAUU